AUGACUGUGUCAGCCCCCAAUCCAGUUCCCCUGUUCAUUGGGAAUCAACCCGUGACAUCCAGUGAGCUGUUUGAAGUGACCAAUGCGGGAACGGGAUCAACCACCCAAGCCUACGGUGCAACACCAGAUAUUGUCAAGGAGGCAAUUCAAAGCGCCUUCGAGGCAUUUAGCACAUGGAAGGAAACAAGUCCAUGGGUGCGGCGGGAACUUUUUCAACGGGCUGCCCAAAUUCUUAGUCAAAACAAAGGCGAAAUAGCGAAUCUUCUCAAAAUUGAAACUCCGAUUGACGGGUUUCUCAUUGAUGGAAUCAAUAUCCAACUGUCGAUAGACCUACUAGAGGAGCUUGCCUGUCAAAUGGUUGGCCUAGCAAGCAGCACCAUGCUACCCGGAAAGAACGAUACUAGUUCGUUUGCAAUUACGAUAAAGGAACCAUUGGGGGUUAAUGUUGGCAUUGCCCCCUGGAACGCCGCACUAUUCUUGGGUCUUCGUGCGGUAGCCACGCCGAUCGCAUGUGGAAAUACAGCUAUCCUCAAGGCAUCAGAGAUGUCUCCUUUGGUACAUCACUUCAUCGGUUCUCUUUUUAAGGAGGCUGGGUUUCCUCCAGGAGUGUUGAAUAUAGUUCAGCAUCGUCCGGAGGAUGCGAUCAAAAUUGUGGAUGCGCUCAUCACCGAUGAUCGCGUCCGGAAAAUAAAUUUCACUGGGAGCACUAACGUGGGUAAGAUUAUUGCUUCAAAAGCUGCCGCCUAUGGCAAACCGUCUCUUCUUGAAUUAGGAGGCAAAGCCCCAAUGAUUGUAUUCGAAGACGCAAACUUAGAUCUGGCUGCGGAGGCGGCUGCCAUUGGAGCAUUUGAACAUCAUGGCCAAGUUUGUAUGUCCACCGAGCGAAUUUUGGUGGCGGAAAAGGUGUUUGCAGAGUUCACGUCUAAGCUGGGCGAGUGCGUACGGAAUAUUCGAGCCAGCAUAUACCCAGGUGCAUCAAAGCCCCAUGUCGAUAAGGUGACGGACCUGAUAUCGGAUGCAAUGGGUCAGGGAGCUCGAAAUUUAAUGGCAGAAAACCACAACAGCGAGACAGUGGAACGAAACGGCUCAAGACUUGAGCCCAUAAUCCUGACUAAUGUGACGCGAGAAAUGUCCAUUUGGAAAACUGAAACCUUUGCCCCAGUGGCUGUCUUAAUGCCUUUCACUUUACCCGAUGAGGCUAUAUCUCUGGCUAAUGACUGCCCGUAUGGCUUGUCGUCCAGCAUUUUCUCCCAAGAUAUUCUCAAAGCAAUUGAGUUGGCAAAACGAAUUGAUGCUGGAGCAGUUCAUAUCAACUCAAUUACCAUCCAUGAUGAGGCCCAUUUACCACAUGGAGGGACCAAGGCGAGCGGCUGGGGACGUUUUGGAGUCCCAUGGGGAUUCUCCGAGUUCACUCAAUUAAAAACGAUAACAGUCUCUAAUGGGCGCAUGGCUAAGUGA